GAGGUUUACAGUUUUCUGCCACUGACAGUUUGGAUUCCAAUGGCCUCAUAGAUGCUUUCAGUCAAAUAUCAUCAGGAAGUGGAAAUAUCUCUCAACAAUCUAUUCAGCUUGAAAGUAAAGGAGAAAGCAUCAAUCCAAGCCAGUGGCUGGAUGGUACUGUAACCAUUGACAAAACUGUGGGAAAUGACACUUUCUUCGUAGUUGCAUGGAGUGUGAGCACAUAUCCACCAGGAAUUUUUCUUUGGGAUCCCAAAAAAAAGAAGUAUACUGCAACGGACUUCACAAUUGAUACUACCAAUCGCCAAGCAGCUCGCCUCCAGAUCCAAGGAACUGCCGAGGUGGGAGACUGGACUUAUUCAAUUCAAAAUACGCACAGCACAGCUCAAGUCCUGUCAGUCACUGUCACCAGCCGAGCAGCCAGUGCAGCUGUGCCUCCAGUGAUUGUGAAGCCCUACAUGAACAGGGACGCCAACACCUACCCCAGUCCAAUUGUCAUUUAUGCAGAAGUUAGCCAGGGAUUUCUGCCUGUUGUUCAUGCAAAUGUCACAGCUACGAUUGAAUCUGUGUCUGGAAAGACUACAGAGUUAGAGCUUUUUGAUGAUGGUUCAGGUGCUGAUAUUCGGAAGCAUGAUGGAAUCUACUCAAGAUAUUUCACAUCUUUCAAAGAAAAUGGUAGAUACAACUUAAAAGUGCGUGUCCAAGGAAAAGACAGUACUACCAGAAGAAUCUGCAGACAAAAUCAUGCUUUCUAUGUACCUGGUUAUGUAGAAGAUGGUGAAAUAAAAAUGAAUGCACCAAGACCUGAACCAAGUCCGGAUGACAUGGAAGCCCAGCUGGGAAGAUUCAGCAGAACUGCGUCAGGGGGUUCUUUUGUUAUGUCGGGAGUUCCAGCUGUCCCCACAGAUGUCUUCCCACCCUGUCAAAUCACUGACCUGGAGGUGCAGCUGGAUGACGAUGAUCAGUUCCUUCUAUCAUGGACAGCUCCUGGGGAUGACUACGAUCUAGGACAGGGUAAGUGCUAAGCUCUUAUUAACCGUAUGCAGUUAUCCAGCAUUCCACCUCAGAGGGGCCAACUGGAACAUUUGUUACUCAAGCUGAAAGGGUUGGGCACCUGCUUCACCUUCAGCCUGGAAAACUUCGGAAAGGAAAAUGGCACCUCGAUCUACUUUGCCAUCCGAGCCAUUGAUAACAGCAGCAAUGUUGGUGACGUAUCUAACAUAGCAAAGGCAGUGUUCGAAUCUUGA